AUGCCACCGCCCGCGACCGGUUGGCGAGAGCGUCUCAGCGACAUGUACGAUAGCGUCAAAGGCGUUCCCGAGGCGCCCACGGUCUCUCCCACCGCUGCGGCUCUACUGUCGGCUGCGUUCGUGGUCAUAUACGUACUCCCCUUCUAUCUGUCAGCGACCACAAGGCCCUCUCCCACCCUCACUCGCGAUGCGCCUUCCUCUAUACGCGCCAGGACCCGCGCGGUGACCUUUUCUACCAUCACCUGUACCGUCAUCACCGCACUGUACCUGUACCAACAUGAUGUUUCCGCCUAUCGGCUGCUGCAUCUAUUCGGUCUGUGGCCAAUCUCCAUCUUGGAUAUUGCGCGAGGCAUACUCCUAGUGUGCAUCUUGUUCGCCGGCCCCCUGUACGAGAAUGGAAUUGUAGACGAUGACUGGAAAGACUGGAUCAAGCUGAAGGGAGUACACGAGACGCUAAGCAGUUGGAUUGGAUAUAGAAAUUUCGUGGUCGGCCCGGUCAGCGAAGAGAUCGUAUGGCGCUCGCUCAUGGUCCCACUGCACCUACUCGCGCGCUUCACCGAGAAGCAAAUCGUCUUCCUGACUCCGCUAUACUUUGGCAUCGCUCAUGUGCACCACCUCUACGAGUUCCACAUCACACAUCCAGAAGUUCCAAUGUUAAUGGCUACGCUACGGUCGCUGUUCCAAUUUACGUACACGUCGCUGUUUGGUUUCUUUGCUACAUUCUUGUACCUCCGUACUGGCAACGUCUAUACAUGCAUACUCGCACACACAUUCUGCAAUUGGAUGGGCCUCCCUCGAUUGUACGGGCGUGUUGGUGUGGAAGCUGGAGUACCGAUUGGACCACCAGAUGUAGACAAGAAGAAUGACGGAUCGAAGAGCGCAUGGUCGCACCGAGGGCAGGCUGUUGCUUGGACAGUAGCGUACUAUGUGCUUCUGGUAGCGGGAGCUGUAGGUUUCUACUUCCAGCUGUUCCCCUUGACGGAGAGCGCGCACGCUUUACUGGCCCAAUCUACGAACGACAAGGUAACAGCAGGGGCGAAGGCAGGGAUCCCGCAGCUACCGCACCAGUUCUGA